UAUAUUUUAAUAUAUAUCAUUUUAAUAUUUUACGAGAAUUAUAAGUAAAAACAUUGUAUUGUUUAUAUAAUAUAUAAAUAUUUUAAAAUAAUCUAUUGUAGAGAGUUUCAAAAUAAAUAAAUAAAUAAUAUAUAUUUAUAGAUAUAAAAUUUUAACCUAUGUUAAUAAAUUUAUUCUUGUAUAAAAAUAUUAUAUAGUUACGAAUUUUAACCAAUUUUAAUGAUGAAUGAUCAUUUAUUUAAAUGAUACAAUUUAACAAAUAAAAUUUGUUAAUUUACCUAUAUAAUAUAAUUUUGUCAUAUUUAAUUUUAUAUAAUACAGAAUAUAAUUAUAAAAUUUAUAAAAAUAAUAUAGGCUUUGUAUUUCUUGUUUUAGAAUAAAUUUUACUUAACAUUGAUUUAUAUAAUAUUAUACUACUAAUUACUAAAUUAAUUAAAGUGUUAUUUUAUAAAAUAUUUAAAAUUUUAGUAAUAUUUUUUUAGAUUCUUUCUCAACAGAUUUUGUUAUAACUAAAAAAUAAUAUUCAAAUUUAUAGUUGGUCAUACUAUACAAUGACUUAUUAAUAGUAAAUAAAACUAUGACCAUAAAUUAAUAAAUUACAUUAAAAUGUUUGAGUAGAAUUUCUUAUUAAAAAAAUCAAAUUUCAUAAUCUUAGAUAAUAUUUUAACAUAGUUUAAUAAAAUCUAUAGUAAAUUUUUAUUUCAAAUUAAAUCAUCUAAAAAUCAUUAUCAAUUCAAACUGUAAUUGAAUACAUACCCCCAUAAUGUCAGAAUAGUGUGAAAUUUUCUCCUUAAAACAUUAGAAAUUGAUCAUUAGCCUAUCCGAAAUAUUUCUAUCAAAAAACAAAAAAAAAUACUCUAUCUAAUUAUAUUUUUUUACAUUUAUAUAAUUAUUAUUGAAAAUAUGACUAUAUCUGAAAUAUUUCUAUCAAAAAACAAAAAUAUUACUCUAUCUUAUUGAAAAUAUAAUUAUUCUUUAUGUUAAAUUUAUUAACUUUUUAUUAUAUAUCUACCAACUUAUAAUAUUGUAAUAUAUUUUAAAUAUUAUUUAUAAAAGAGUGAAUUUGUUAGAAAACCAAAACAAAGUGUGAAAUUAGGAAAAUGCAUAAUACAGUGAAACUAGUAAACGCACAGUGUACAUGUCAUACUGCAAAUUACCUUUGUCAAACAGUAAAUAAUAGUAUUUUUAGGUAUAUUGCUAAUUAUGGGAUAAUAUUAACGUAUGGGAUGCAAAUACUCUUUAUAAGAAGUAUUUUUACAAUCUAGAAAAAAAUGUAGAACAAAAAAAGUUCUAAUGAAUCUGGAACAAAUGGAAUACUUUAUAGAGCAGAAAGAGAAUCAUAACGGCCGAUUUCUCGUUUAAUUAUUUCUCGGUGGACGGUACCAUUAGUUUACAUUAGCUUUUUCUUAAUAUAACUAUAAUACAUUUUAGACAGUAUAAUAUAUUUCGGAACUGCUACAGUAAUAUUUAGACUUAUCCUGUAGACUGUCGUCUGGUCUGGUAUUCAUUUUUGCGUGGCAAAAGCACCUAUAAGUGAAAUUGCAAAUAAUUUUUGUUAGCUAAGCACAUGUUCAUGUUCUUAAAACCUUUGGUUUUUUUGGAACGGACUUAGCCAACGUUAAAGUAUCAAACCACUAAAGGUUAGCAUCGACCGAGUAAUAAAUGUUAAAUGAAGCCGACUCCGGCUGAAUAGAACCGGGCUAACCAGUCUAACUAUAUUCAUCAUAUUGUUUGCAACUUUGGAAAUUUAAAUAUAUUAGUGAAAAUAUGAUUAUAUUUAACAUAUAUACGCUGACAAAAAAACAUGUAUAUUACAUAUAACUGAUUAAAACGGUUAACUGAUAGCAAAUACCUUUCAAGGUAGUACUAUUUCUGCAUAUAAUGCAGUUACAAAAACGGUGUGUGCAUAUAAUGAGUUUAAUUGCCCAUGCAAAUAAAAACGGAUAAGGAGUACUGUAAACUUUUUGGAUACACGUUCUAUUAUUAAGGGCAUCUCCAAUUCUACUCAAUUUUUGACUCUAAACUCAAUUAUGAAGUAAAAUUUUCUCCAAUCUCACUCUAUAUUCAACUCCAAAAUGGAGUAAUAACUAUGAUUACUCCAUUUAUAGAGUAAUCUUAUCCAUUAUUUCAUUUUGGAAUUGAACUUUUUAUAUUUAUGAAAUGGUUCUUUUAAUUUUUAAUGUUUUUAUUUCAUACUUAAAAUAAUAUAAUAACAUAAGAAAAUAUAAUACUCCGCAAUAGAUUACUUUAUAAUUUACAUAAAAUAUGCAUAAACUCAUAAAAGUCAAAACUAAAAAUAAAUAAUAUAAAUAAAUAUAAUAUAAUAUAAAUAAUAAAUUUAAUAAUUAAUUCGGUAAAUUGUUUUUGAAACUACCAAAAUCGGUGAAGUAUUAUUCAAACGGAAUAGAUGAGUUUUUUAAUCUUGUGGGUCAAAAUUUUGAUUGAUAACAUUUGUACUUGUUAAACUUGAUAUAUGCACAAAUAAUAAGACCCAAUACAUAAUUCAAAUUACAAAACUAAACUUUAUUUUUUUCUUUAUGUUCUUUUAAUGCAUAUAAAUAUUUUUGAAUUAGAAAAAUUCCAUAUGAUAAAAUCUGCACGAAUUGAAAUUGGAAGAUAAUCUCUAAUUGUAUUUUAAUGAUAAAUAUUGAAUUUAAAUAAAAUAUAUUAUUAUGAAAAUUUUGUAAACAUAAAGUAGUUGGGUUAAUUGUUAAAUUUUUAUAAGUUGAAGGUACUACUAACAAUUAUUAACUAAAUAAAAAAAAUAUUUUGUUUGGAGUAAAAAAUGGAGUAAUACAUUGGACUAAAACCCAAUUCCAUUUUGAAGUUACACCAUUUUAGAGUAAAAUUUGGAGUAAUACAUUGGAGAUGCUCUAACCCCUGAUGGAUAAUAGUCAAAAAUUAUUUUUCUUAUUUACCAAAUUCUCAAAUGCCAAACAAAUCCCACAGCUUUUGUAUCUCCGAGUACGCGUUAACACUAAAGUUAUAAUUCUGUACCACUUAAUUAGCGCAUAAAACAAAAGAUAGUAUCUGCUUAAAUAAUUCGAGUAUAUUUAAAGAAGCCUAAUAUGUUGACAAAUUUUUUUUUUAACGAAGCCGCUAAAAGAUAAAUAUAUUAAUCCACAUGUAACUUAAUAAACAAAGAAAAACAUAUUAUAUGAAGGAAUAACUCUCCUAUAAAUUUAUGAGUUUACUCUCUAGACAUCACCUCUCACAAACUCAAACUAAAAAAAAAAGUACUUUUCUCUUUUAUUAUCAAUAAGCAACAGAAAAAGAACCAGUGAAACAAUUUCAAUAUUCUUGAAAGUAAUGGACCAAGAACAAACACAACAUAGCCCAACCGGCCAUAGUCACUCACCUUCUUCCCCAGCUUCGGGUUCCACCUCGACCGAAACGGUUCGGUCACGAUGGUCACCUAAACCGGAACAAAUACUCAUACUUGAGUCGAUCUUCAACAGUGGUAUGGUUAACCCUCCCAAAGAAGAGACGGUAAGGAUACGAAAGAUGCUCGAGAAGUUUGGGGCGGUGGGAGAUGCAAAUGUCUUCUAUUGGUUUCAAAACCGGCGGUCAAGAUCUCGAAGGAGGCAGCGGCAGCUCCAGGCCGCAGCUGCGGCCGUAACCACCAAUACUUGUGACCAGACCAUGAUGGUAAACACCAGCUUACCACAAUAUAGUGGGGCUGAUUUGGGGUUUGGAGGUUGUAGCACUUCCUCUAAUUACUUAUAUGGUGGGUCAUCAUCUCAAACUCCUUCAUUUUUUCUUGGUCUUUCUUCUUCUCCUCCUUGCUCAAGCUCCUCUUCAACUUCUUCUUCAGCUAGCUCUUCAACUUCUUCUUAUGGUGGUGGAUAUGAUAAUCAUAGCAAUAAUGGCAUGGAAAAUCUCUUAGCAAUGUCUGGUCAAUUGGGUUACCAUGAAGCUAGUCAGCAUCAUUAUCAACAUCAUAGCUCAAAUCUCUCACCAAUGAUGUGCCCAUCUGAUCAAAGCUCCAGUUAUGAUCACUACCAACAAGGGUUAACGGUCUUUAUAAACGGAGUUCCGACAGAAGUGACGAGUGGAGGUAUAGACAUGAAAGCAAUGUUUGGAGAAGAUUUGGUUUUGGUGCAUUCCUCAGGUGUUCCUCUUCCUACUGAUGAGUUUGGUUUUUUGAUGCAUAGCUUACAACAUGGUGAAGCUUAUUUCCUGGUUCCAAGACAGACAUGAACUGGCUUUACUAUUGGGCUGUGUGGUUCUCCAACAGAUGCCUUAUUAAUCUACCUUGGACUUUAUUGCUGCGAUCCAUCCGUUUUUGUUUUACUUUCCGAGUCGACAUAUCGUGCAAUCAAAUUUUCUUAUGUAUUUCUUAAUUUUGUAAUAAUUAAGAAAAAGUGAAGUCAAAAAUCUCUUAUAAGACGAAGAGAUUUUAGGUUUCGUAUCAGUUUAGUGAUUUAGUUUAAAAGUACGUAACUAUUUUUGCAAUAAAAUCUGUGUCUAGAGAUCUCCGAGGUAGUUCGUGUGCAGAGUAAUGAAUGUUAUUGGGAGUACGAAAAAUAAAAUAAAGUCGAAGUCUAUUAGUUGCGUUGAACACUUUUCCGAUUGUAUAAAACUAAUGUAGUAAAAGGUUGCUACUACUAAGACGAUCUUUAGCUUGGGCUAUAUACUAAAAUAAUACCAUUGGUUAACUA